CACACAUCUUACAUUGAACAUCUACUCCUGAUAAGAAUUGCGAUUUUUAAUUAAAAAGUGUAAAUAUUUUACACAUUUGUUUUCAAUUAUUUAAAUUAAGUCAAAACAACUUGGUUGCAUCAACCUUAACAUUUGUCAACUGUUUUUGAAUAGGAUUAAAAAACUUGACUCAAUGAAGCCUCAGGGGGAAAUAAGUGUGGUGGACAGGGCACUGAAUAAUCCAAUUAUUUUGAUAGAAAUAUUAAAACGGUCCCCAUUGAAAAAAUGUCGACUAGUUUGUCAAUUCUGGAAUGAACUGGUCCUCACCCUUCCAAAUACGAAACUUGCGUUAAACCUGGAAUACGAGGCCAAAUCUCAAGCUGACUAUAACGGCAACGCCAAUAAAUUUUCCGAAUUGUGCUUCACAUUGGAUGACCGACUUGCGAAGCGAAUUAGCGCCACGUGUAUAUCUGCUCCUUACGGCGUUCACCCCAUUCUCUGGAUCGAUCCCUUCGCCUACAGGCUUACCCAUUUUUGCUACAAGUUUAGCGACAUUGUGCAAAUUUUUGAGAUUUCCUUCGACUACGCACCCUGUUUACCUUCCAUCUUCCAAAUUUUGAAAAAUUACUGUCCCAAUUUGAAACAGUUUCGAAUCGCUUACGAGUUCUUCGAUGAUGAUGAUUCAGAUUUAGAUUUCAGGCAAGAAAUUCUGCCAAAUCUGUCAGGGCCCCUCCUGCUAAGACCAAAGUUGACAUUGCUCACGGUCCGGUCUGACGUCCAGGUGACCCCUCCGCUUGCUAAUCUUCUUCAGCUGGUUGUCAAUGCCUCGCCAAAUUUAAGAGAGGUCACCAUUCCAUGGGGAUUCUAUCCAGAUUUUGCAAGUUCUAAACAUCUUUCCUCCUUAAGGGUCGAAUUGGACGCCCGUCGGACAAUAGAAGAUGCUCUGGUGGAUUUAAAACCUUCCGAACUCUCACGCUCGUUGAGUCAAGUUGGUGACCAGCUAAUCAACCUUACCUUUUCUGGUCCCGACAAUUAUUUACUGCCAAAAAGGAACGAGGCCUACAAUUUGAAUAACUCGAACCGAACCAAAUUCAAGUUACCGAGAAAGAUGUCGAAGCUGCAAAAGUUUGAGAACAAUUUGCUCGACGUAUUUCAGCAUCAGCGCCUCGACAUCGGAGGACUGCCCGCUCUGAAAACGCUAAAGAUUGGGAAAAUAUUGAAAAAGUCGAGAGAUGUGGAUGAACUUUUUGAAAAUAUUAAUCAAGAGAAAAUGGUCUUGCAGAGCAUGCGAAAUUUGACGAUUAACGAGAUGCACAAUCCCAAACUUCUGGAAGGAUUGAAAACGACGUUUCCGAACUUGGAAAGUUUGGAGUUGAACACGCGUUGCGAAAUAGAUUUCAAGGGAGAGGUGACCACGAUGAACUUGGACGUGGUUCUAAAUGCGUGCAAGGGUUGGGAGGGAUUGAAAUACUUAAAUUUAAGGCUGCCCAAUUUUUCACCAAACCAGCACGUCAUUCAGAGUUUGUUGGAUCGCUCGGAUUUGUAUAAAGAGUUGAAAACUUUGGAAAUUUUGAUAUACCGGGGGAAUUAUGAAAGAAGAGAUUUAACGAAGAAUGAAAUGCAGCAGUUCAAGAAACUGCUCGUCGCGAUGGAUGUGAUGAACCGGGUCUCCAUUCAUAAUAUUUUUGUUAGUAAAAAAUCUCGGUGGAAGAUAUUGAAUUUCAUGGUGUCAAAUGGAAUGUCCGUGACGAAAUUCAAGAUUUUUCAAGGGGGAUUGACGUGUCGGGACAGGUUGUAAAUUUGCAGGUGCAAAUUCGAGUUUUGUACUAGGAAAGACGUCGUUAAUAUUAUUUAUGAAUCGCAUUCGCCUCUAUAUAAUGUCAAGUUUUUGACUAGCUUUGUUGGAUGCCAACAAUUUUCUGUACAAAUAUUUUAUUUUGGAUCGUAAUAUUUCUCCACUUAUAUUAUUUACUAAUCCUAAAAUGUAUAUAUAUUUAUGAAAACCGACUGUACUUAAUUAUUAUCAACUAUACACGACUCUAGCGACUAUUCCAUCAUUAAAUCGGAGUAAUUAAAUCCAGUCUUGCAAGAUUUGCUUCGGUACGGCAAAUUUAUUUGCUAAAGUAGCAACACUUACUAAAAAGUAUAUAUCUAGCUGAUUGUUGAAAAAAAUCGAUCGUAAAAUGUUUAUGACACAACUAUCUACAUAUUUGAUAAACAAAUCAAGGACAAA